AUCAAUAUGGUUGAUCAGCAGACUGAGGAAGCCUUCCAAAAACAGUUCGGCAUUAACAGAAAGGUUAAGCCUGGUGUUGUCAAAAAGAAGUUCUUGCGCCGCCACCGUGACAUCGGUUUGGGUUUUAAAACUCCCCGUAAGGCCAUUGAUGGUAGCUACAUUGACAAGAAAUGCCCUUUCACUCGUAAUGUAAGCAUCUGUGGUCGCAUCUUAACGGGUGCUGUACAUAAGACUAAAAUGCAGAGUACUCACAGAAACAUGAGCGUUCAUUGUUCCCUCUGCUUCAGAGAUGUUGAAAUUGGUGAUAUUGUUACCAUUGGAGAAUGCCGUCCCUUGUCUAAAAUUGUUCGCUUCAACGUAUUGGAAGUCAGCAAGGGUCAAGGUUCGAAGAAAAACUUCAAAAUGUUUUAAAUUUUUCUAAAGAAGAUGCUGGUUAU